CCUACUUCCGGUUUGAUUGCUGCAUGCGUUUUUGAAGUCCUCGAUGUGAUCGGUCAGGAUGAUGUUUGGGUGAUGCUGAUAACAGAACAAUCUAUGUAUAUACAAUGUAUGUAUGAUAUGGAUAACACAUGAAGUCAUACAGCUGCUAAGUCCACAUACACAGUGAGAUCAGACAGACAGCACAGACUUCCAGGAAAUACAAACCCCCCAAAAAAUGUAAAAGGAAAUCAAAUUGGCACUGACCUCAACGGUCAUAAUGUAAAUAUGAUUGUUAUGGCGUGCAAGGUCAUCAUGUGCAUUCCAUAUCAAACGAGUGAUUAAUUCCAUAGCAUCCAAUUAUAAAUACGUACAUGUAGCAACAAUGUGCUAGAAACCUUCCACCGUUGAUCAGCAUAUCUAGUCAUAUUCCAUUGUUGGAAAAAUUUGAAUGCCAUCAUGAUGAACACAUACGAAAGAGAUUUUGUAUUAGGCAGUCUGAUUGGGUGACAAAUUUCUGUUGCCAUGGAGAGCUUGAAGAAACACCUACUGAUGACCUCUGGGAGUCGACCUCUGGGAGCUGGUGAAUCACAGUCGGCAUUCUUUGUUGAGGAGGGAGAGAGUGUGUUUGCUGCACAGGUACAGAGCAGCUACGAGGGAGUGGUCGAGUACCUGGACGCGUGGAAGAAGUUUGAUGGGGCAGGCACCCAUCUUCUCGACUCUCUCCAAAGUGUUACCAAGGAUACUCGGUGUGAGCGGCUGGGACGUGAGACAUGUGGAGCGUUUCAGACCGUCUACAGCAGUAGUAACGGUAUUGACCCAGGCGGGAAACUCAGGGAGAUGGAAAAGCUCAUGUCAGGUCUGAAGUCAAGACUGGACAAGGGAGAGAAACUGGAGAAAAGUCCUACCAAUUCUCAGGUGCUGUGCCAAUGUCUGCUGUUGUUUCUCAAAGUCCAUUCAGACUAUCACCACAUGUGUUCUGUUACCUUGACAACAUUGCUCAACAAACUAGUCCAAAUCUAUGAAAGUACAGAGAAUAAAGACAUGCUUCAGCAAAUGGCUUCCUUAGAUCUCAUUCCUAAAGUCUCCCGAGAUUCCCCUCUUCACAGUGGUGCUGCUCUGCCAAAGAAAAAUACUCCCACCAAUGGAUCUCCAAAACUGAACAAGAACAACACUUUCAAAACUUCUUUGUUCUCGUUGUUUGAACGGAAAUCUUCCCCUGAUGAGAGCAAGUGUGCCUUUUACGUAGACCUUAACCCGACUGGUGCUAGUAGCCAAUUAGAUCCCUUCGCCAGCAGUCAUGUGACACCCCAAAGCCAAUCAGAUAUCCUGGUGCCGAUUGGCUUAGAUCCGGUGCAUGAGGAUGCUGGAGAAGAGGAAAACUUGGUGCAACUGCAGGAUAAAGAUAAUGCAAGGGACGAUGCACAGACAAAAUCUGCAGGCCAGACUGUCAGUGUCCAGUGCCCUGGUCAAGCUAUCAGUAGCCAUCCUGCCACAGAGGAAGACCUUGACCUUGUCAUUAACCUCCUGUCCGGGAUUGGUGGACCAUCUGGUCACAUGGAACCUAUUCCUGAAAACCAGACCCACCUGAGUGUGCCGACAGUGUUCACUAGCCGUACCCCAUCCCCCAGGGACAUAGAUGACCUACGUCUUUCUAAGAUGCCAACACACCGUAGGUCAGAUGGAUGUCUCGACUUCACAGGGAUGGGGGGCCAGGGUCGCAACACUUGGCCCCAUCGUGCAAGUCUUCCUACAAGUUCACUGUCCUCCCAACAGCAUGGCUUCCCGGACCUCUCUGGCUCACACACGGUGCCGCGUCGAUACUCCCAUGAUAUGUGUCAGCGACCGUCUCAUGGUUACACGAGUCCUAUGGGGUCGGGACAAAACCUUUCUGGCGGGUUACAGUGGGGGGCCUUCCCCGAAAGUCGCUACAACAACAGGACAUGGCCACUCAACAGUGGUGGCCUUUCAGGUCACUGCUUUUCAGGUCACGGGUCUGACAACACUCUUAACAGCAGCUGGUCUGCGAUCCAGGACUCGGACGACCUCAGCGAUGAUUCAUCGUGUGGGGAGCAGUUUUUCGCGGUGGGACUUGACCUUGUACAUGCCAUAGAUUCUAAGAGUGGAUGCAGUGAUGACGAGAGCCACAAGCCAGGUAUGAAAUCACCCAACCACGACCGUCCGCACCUGAGUGACGACCGUCCGCACCUGAGUGACGACCGUCCACACAGUGCCGAGGAUCUCCUCCAUGAAAAGCAGAUGGUUGGUCUCUGGCCAUCCAGUCAGAACUGGAAUCAACCUGGACAACUCCUGGCCAAUGAGGAGGCUAGCGAAGGGUCAUAUGACCAGCCUAUCAACCAAUCACAUCGCCCGGUGUCUAUGCAGUGGAGUGAUCCUCUGGCUAACAGGAAUGUCUGGCCAGUGUCAGGUAUUGGUAACUCGCACAGCCUUCAGGGAUUUGGACAACAUCAGUAGUGCUGGUCGCUGGGUUGGUGUGAUUUGGACAACAUCAGUAGUGCUGGUCGCUGGGUUGGUGUGCCAUGUCUAUAUAUGGUUGUCAGAGUUUAAGGUUAGGCAGAGUUGCUGAGAUCUCUCCUGUCACUUCCAACAUCAGGCUGUGAAGAAUUCUGGAGGUCAUGACAGGUCACAGGUCAACUCUCAAUCCUUGAGAUCAAAUAUUCAACGUUCAGUUCAAACACAAAUUAAUGUGAUAUUUAUAUAAUAAAUGUACAAAUUUAGUUAGAAAUGAAUGUACUGGGAUAAAAGUGAAGACUUAAAAUACAAAGGAAGUAGUUACAUUGAAAUUUAAUCUUUUUACUUCAGAUCUAUGAAAUUCCGAUUUUUGAAAGGCUAACAAUUAGUAAUUGUUGAGGGAUCAGACAAGUUGGAUGUAUGACUUGGCAGACCAGAAGAUUUUGAUAAGCUAUGUUAUAUUUUCAGAGUCAAUCAUUUAUACGCAACCAUUCUCAUGUUCAAGCAUGGAUUUUGUGCUCAAGCAGAAUUUCUUGUUCCUGUUAUAUAUCAUUUAAAAAAAUCUUAAUUUGUCAAUGGGUUGUCAAAGCAUUGAAGAAAAUUUAAGCCGAUCACUGUUUUCAAUUUUUACAUUUGACUUUUUGAUCGUUUGAACAUGAGAACGGUUUCAUGAAUACAGGCCGAGGAGAAUGUUUAAGUGUACCAAUGAUCAGCUAUUCUGUAUAUCUAUUCCAAUAGACACAUUAGUGAUGAGCGUGACACGUUUCAUUCUAAACAGUGCUGCCAUGGCCUUUAAUUGAUUGUCACAUUAAUGGGUGUACGCCAUUGAGAUGCCAACGGCCCCUCCGUUUGUCUGAUUGUGCUACAAAUAAGUGCACAAGUUUGCGAUGGAAUUGCAGUUUCUUUCCAUUGCCUCAUUUGGGCCUAUACUUGGGCAGUUUGUGGGACUUCUGUAACGCUGGGACUUCUGUAACAGUCCCAGUUACAAAUAAAACGUGUUUAAUGAUGGCAGAACAUAAUUCUAACACUUUACACUGUAUUCACAUUAAUUGUUAAACUUUUUUUUUUAAAUAAGUUGAGAUUAGUAAAAAGUUUAAACAAGAAGUGUUCCUUAGGAAUGAUUCUGAAAAGAGUUUUGCAUAAUAAAAAAAUCAUGAACAAUUUACAUCAUUUUGUUUACAAAACAAAUGACAUCUUAAUCAGAUCAAAUUGUUACAAAUUGUAUUAAGCUACAAGUAGACGCAUGUAUUAAAAAUUAAAUCAUGUUUCUAUAUUGUUAAAAUUACUGAGGCUGAUACUGUAAAAGUUCUUUUUUUCGCAGCAGUCUGUAAUUUUCGCGAAGUUCCUGAAGUGGUAAGUUUCAAGGGAUCUCUUUUUCACAAUUUCUGGUCAAGUGGCCGUGAUAAAUCAUGAUACAGUAAUGAUAGAUAAACCUAACUAUGUAUUCCUGGAAUAAUUCAUACUGCGAAAAACUGCAAUAUCACAAUCAUCCCUGCCUUACUGUUGAUUGUAUUCUGACGAACUAUCAUGACUAAGAUAUUUGCCAACUUACCAGUAGAUGACUAUAUUUCAACAGUGCUGUUUUAAGUAUUACACUAUGUAAACUUACUGUGCUGGACAUGGCUGUUGAAGUUAUUAAUGGAAUAAGGUAUAUAUAUUAUAUAUAGAAACUUAAUUUAUUUUACAACAAUGAUAAAACAAGUUAUAUCAACUUAUAUU